UUUGGGGGCUCGGCCCUACGCAAUGGAAAUGGUGGCGCGCCUGACUUAAAGCUGCGCGCCGUCCGAUGUUGAUGUGUCGCAGCUUUGAAAAAAGUGAGCGAGUGUGGCAGCGGGAGUUUGCAGGAGGAAGGAGGAAGCUGAGAACAACAUCUGACCGCGGGAGCGAGCGGCGGCGGCGACUCUUGGCCAACUGUUUUCGGCACUUGGAGCUCAGUAACGCGGCAGUUUGGGAUGGAGCUGUCAUCGAUCGGCGACCAAGUGUUCGCAGUGGAGUCCAUCACCAAGAAGCGGGUCAGGAAGGGUAACGUGGAGUACCUGCUGAAAUGGCAAGGAUGGCCCCAGAAAUACAGCACUUGGGAGCCGGAGGACAACAUCCUGGACCCUCGCCUGGUUCUGGCCUAUGAACAGAAUCAGGAGAAGAUCAGAGCUCUGGCCUACCGGAAGAAAGGACUCCGACCGAGGAGACUGGUUUUGAGGAACCUCUUUGCCAUGGAUCUCCGGAGCGCCCACAAGAUCCAGGAGAAGCCUCCCCCACGGAUCCGGCUCUCGGUGACCCGCUCCAUGAGCACAGACGUGGACCAAGACGAGCAGAGAAGCGUGUUCUGUCGCCAGGCGAGGAGGAGGAGCAAACAACGGGCAGCUAAAGGGGGACCCUUCGGACCCUCACGCAAACACCUCCACCUGUCCAGGAAGAAGCAGGAGGAAGAGGAGGAGGAGGAUGAAGCGGAGGAAGAGGUCUGGGACACUACGAGUGAGGAGGAGAAGCAGGAGUCCGAGAGCACCAGUGAGGAGAGGCCAGAAGACAGUUUAUAUGGUCGGUCAGAGUGCAGCUCCCCUCCACUGCUGGAGCCUCGAGACUCAGAGAUGGAGGAGAAGGUUGAAGAAGCCCUGACAGCGACGGAGUCCGAGGCGUGGACAGAUGGAGGACUGUCAGAAACCCAGCACACUCCUACACUGGUGCGCGACCAAUCCAAGGACACGGUCUCCAGGCCCGACGGCCAAUCUCAGGCCGCGCUUACCGCCGGCAGCGCGUCGGCCAGAAACAAAGAGGAGGAGUCGGAGGUGGUGGUCUGUGAGGAUAGCAACUCCACCUCACAGGUCGUCUGCGAGCGGAUGACGGCAGACAAUCACAGCAUCGCCAUGACAACGCACGCCACACUGCCGCCCCCCUCCACCGCCCCCGGGAAGAUCACCGUGACAAAAGUGACGAUCAACUCUCUGACGGUGACGUUCCAAGAGGCGGCGGUGGCAGCCGGCUUCUUCAAGAGCUACUGAGUGAAGAAGGACCUGUGUGUACAGUGUAAAAUACCUCCACGUGUACGAGGCUGCGCUCAUCUCCGGCUACUGAUCCCACCCAGACGGCGCUGGCUCUCACUUUCAGUGGUGAUUUCUGAUCUUUUGCUAGACGUGGACGUCGCAUCUCUGCCAAAGUCAACUUUCAUUUCAAAAGGAAACGCUCGUCUGAACACACGACUGAAACAUCAUCAAACUGGCUCGCUCUCAACAGGUCCUCCUGGCAUUGGCAGCAUGGGCCACAGUUGAUAGAUAGUCUUACUUUCCUCAUGUUUUGUGAACUGGAAUCUUCUCUCCUCUCCUCUACCACUCUUGGUCCAGAUCAGAUUUUGUCUACUCGCCCAAACAGAUCCAUUCUCCUGAGACAAGGGUGCCAAAAGUGAGGCCCUGUUCCCUUUAAGGGGGCGAUAUCUGCUAUAUAGGGUCGAGACGGGGGACACCCUGGACAGAUCGCCGGGCCAUCAUAGGGCAUGAACAGACUGACAACCCCUCACACAUCCUACAGUCACACACACACACACUGAGUGGCAAAGGAAGACUUACGGGCCCUCUCACGGGCCCCUCCAGUCGAGCGCUGACCGAGCUGCUGAAUGUGCCUUCCCUCCAUUCUGAACAGUGAUGUCACGAGCACGUCGCCUUCGGACCUGUCCGCUCCAUACAUCUGGCCUCGGCAACACCCACGUCCCCCUUCUUGUCUAACAGGAGAUUUUGUAGCGCUGUUUUCUAGGCCGCAUGCCCUGUCAGUCUCGUGCCGCUCGCGCCUCCACGUGCUUCUCUCAUCAGGUUUAUUUCAGUCCCCAAAAUGCAGCGGAAAAAAAGAAUGGACGCUCCAAACCUGUUUCUGUCCUUUUUUACUCGUCAGGUAUCAACAUGGGUCUAUUUUUGUACCUACGACUGACGGGCCACUCUUUCAUCGCCGUUCCUCAUCAGUGCUGCCGCGAUGAGCUGUGUCAGGUGACGUGCAGUGAAGUCUGACAGUAGUGAGCUCGGAUUGUUAUUAUUUAUUGCAUGUCACUUGUAUAAGCUAAACUAACUUAUGUCACUUCCGUGUCGUUCUUUGACUAUAGAUUGUCCAUCAAGUCUUCUCUUUGGAUAAUGACUUUUUAUUUUGGCAGGAUUUUCAAUAAAUAUAAAGUAAUGGACUUGUCUGCGGCUGUUUG